GUUUAACGACAAACAACUACGCAAUGUGUGACAUCGAGUGCUUCGAGUUCAAGCAUCGUUAGUUCUAAUUGGCGAUGCUGUUGUUGAACAGUAUCGGGUUUGUUAAAGGUGUUUCGGUCAUGAGGGAGUGUUAUACAAAUAUUGCGGUGCGUCUCGUUGGUUAUUGUUUCCGUUAAGACAGCUCAACAGUUGUCCUUUUGAUAAGAAAUAGUGCUUCGAGUGAGUUAACGUGGAUUUGUAAUGUGAAUUUGUAACAGUGACCAACAUCGGGCAGUAUUAUACCAUGAGUAUUAAAUCGAAUUGAGCGAAGUACCAUAACCAUAAGUGAGAAAUUAGCAUUUUACAGUUCAGUGAACUCCUCCAUGUGUUCGUCUGUGUCGUCUGUAUCGUGACGUGUUGUUAAGGCGCAAGAAUACAUAUUUUCCCAUUCCAUCUUCCCCCCUGUUUUUUUUUUGUUAUUUCAAUCCAUUCGUGCAUACGUGAUUGCAUGCAAAUAUGGUGCACCUUUAUCAGACAGCCGGAACGGAACGGUCGCCGAAGGAGAAGGCGGGCAAUUUUAUGUCGAACUUUAAGGGAUUGUUUUUCCGCCAGUCGAAGCUGAGCAACAAUGCGGACACUUGCUAUAAAACCACCGGUGGCACAACAUCCGCCAAGGCACCAAUUGCAUCGCCAGAGUCGGGAAGUGAACCAUCUUCAUUAGUGGUGGUACGUACGGCAGAAGCGACUACCGAACCAUUGAAGGUACAUCGUAUGGUGACGAUACAAUUGCCCCAUCACGGUGACAAUCGGUACGACAUAAGAAAGACGGCGGAGAAAGACAAGGGUGAGCGUAAGGAUCGAAGGCGCGCCAAAUCAGUGAUCAAAUCCGUCAAGCGACGCUCCUUCGGCAAACGCAUCAACAACCUGUGGAGCAACUUUGGAUUGCUGCGAAGCUCGGAGAAAAUCGUGGAGUUUGCCAACGGUCACGCUGCAUUUCAACACGUGCGUGAAAAUUUGACCGAUCUCAAUGGACGCCCGGAAGCGAACGAAACCGAUCUUGUAUUUCUCCAAGGAAUAUUGGCCAAUCCAGCCGUUACGCAGUUGAUUAAGAUCCAAGACAAACUCGAGGAAGCACCAGCGCCACUGUGUCCAGUGCGAGUGGACAACGCGCCCCUACUGAAGGAGGUGAUCGAUCGCUGUAGCCUCUCGAGGAAUCCGCAUGCCCGUGAGCUCGCUCGAAUCUUCCGCUAUCCACACUUUCGCGCCUUACUCGAAGCCCACGACGAAAUUGGCGAAACGCAGCUAGAGAAGCUAAAACAUCCAGCAGUAGCAGCGGGAGCAUCACCAUCAAUAUCACCGACGGGUUCCAGUCCGGGGAGUAACGGACAGGGCCAGCACAGUCCAUCCAGUGUCAGCGAGAUCGACGGUUCCGGUGUAGAGCUGCUCACGAUCAACGACAUGCCUGGUGAAACGAUCAAAAUGGUGGGCAUCCGGAGAAAUCCGGACGAACCGCUCGGGUUGACGGUGGAGGUGGACGAGCACAAUCAGCUGGUGGUGGCACGGAUCAUCGCUGGCGGUAUGAUCGAUCGCCAAGGGUUGCUACACCCGGGCGAUGUCAUACUGGAGGUGAACGGUGUGCCCGUGACCACGCCCGAGGAGCUACAGGGUGAGAUAUCGGUUGCGAAGGAAUCGGUCACGUUGAAGAUUGGACCGAGCAUCGAGGAGGAGAUGAAAUCCGCCCGCAUCACCAUGGCCGGUGGACAGGUAAAGAAUGGAAGAAAUUUAGACUCGGGCAAGAAGCUAACGUGUUACAUGCGUGCAUUGUUCGACUAUGACCCAAACGAGGACAAUCUGUUGCCCUGCAAGGAGAUCGGACUUUCGUUCAUGCGCGGUGAUAUCCUGCAGAUUAUCAACGUGAAGGACCCGAACUGGUGGCAGGCAAAGCACGCCGGAGAGGAAGGACCGACGGGGCUGAUACCGUCCCAGGAGUUGGAGGAACGUCGCCAGGCAUACGUACCUCCCGAGGCAGAUUUCGUCCAUAAGAUAGGCAUCUGCGGCACAAGGAUUUCAAAAAAGAAGCGAAAGAUACUGUACAAAACGAAGCAGAAUGGAGAGUUCGAUAAGGCGGAUCUGAUGCUGUACGAGGAAGUUACCAAAAUGCCUCCCUUCAAGCGGAAGACACUGGUGUUGGUCGGUGUGGCGGGUGUUGGUAGACGAACGCUUAAAAACCGACUGAUCAACAGUGAUCCGGAUAAGUUUGGAUCCGUAUUGCCGCACACCUCUCGUCAACCACGACCUCUGGAAGAAUCGGGCAAAGCAUACUGGUUUAGCGAUCGUGAAGAUAUGGAGGAAGAGAUAAGGGAGAACAAGUUCUUGGAGUUUGGUGACCAUAAUGGUAACCUGUACGGUACCCAUCUGGAUUCAAUUCGUGACGUUAUUCGGCAAGGUAAAAUGUGUGUUCUCGAUUGUUCACCGGCGGCACUGAAAACUCUACACAAUAGUCCCGAGUUUAUGCCGUUUGUGGUGUUUAUAGCUGCACCGGGGAUGGAACAGCUGAAGUUGCUGUACUCUGAGCGUAGAUCAGCGAGCGGUUCCACGAGGAAUUUACACUUUGAUCGUCAAAGCUCUAUACGCUACAGUUCGCGCCGUGCAAAGACACUGGAAUCGUUGGCAUCGUUGUACGAGGACGAUGAUCUUAUAUCGGCUGUCGAGGAGAGUGCACUGCUCCAGCGAAAGUACGACAAGUACCUGGACAUGGUCGUUGUGAAUGAAGACUUCGAUGACACAUUCCGACAGGUGACGGAAGCACUAGAGCAGCUGUCACACGAACAUCAGUGGGUACCGGUGAACUGGAUCUACUAGACCGAAACACGAUCGCGAAAUAUAUGUGUUCAAAUCAUUCGCAUAUGCGUUUAGUGAAAAAAAAACCUCGAUCGAUACAAGUAAUAGUUCAAAUAGCCAUAUAGCAAUGCAUUCAUUCUGCUUCAUUCGCUCCGUGAUAGCAGCACGGCAAUAGAAUCGGUAUCAUCGGUGCAUCGAACAUUGCCUUUAAAGACUCUUUACACUCCAGAUGCCUUAUCAAUCAACACAAUAUCGUUCACACGUGUAUAACAAACUUUCUUACCGCUUUACAUGUGGAAAUGAGACGUUUAUCAUGCAAUCAUCAGGAUUUGAUAUCGCGCAAGUACUAUCAACCGGCACGUAUCUGCACGUUCUUUAUCAACCUCCUUAGCUCGUUUAGCGUAACGCCUUUGAUGUUAGUAUUUUACCCUAGCGUUUAAGAUGAAAGUCGAAUUCGUCCACAUUUUUUUUUAUUAUGUUCUGUUAAUUUCUUUAGCCCCGAAGUGUGCGCUCGGGUGCAAAUUUUAGCGGCGCGUGCAGUAGCUGCAUGUCGUGGUUUUAGACAAUGGUAUUUCUAUCGUGUAAGAUGAGUUUUAUUCGUUUACCUUACAAUUUGUAAGUUUUUCUUCCGGUACCGUCCUUUGAGUUGUGAAAAAGAUAUAAUCGGUAGAAUGGUAGGUAACAAAUAAUAUUAAAUUACGAUGAAAACGAAAUAAACACAAAACAAUUUUUGCUUUGCUAGCUGUAAGCUAAUAUGUAUGAAUGGUACGAACUGUUUGUUUAUGAAAUCUGUUGUAGCAUUUCAUCGAAUUUUAUAUGUUAUGCGUAAUAAAGAUCUAGAACUGUAUGUAAAA